AUGCAAAAUAGCCCAAAGCGGGCUAGAGCCAAAAACCAGCGACAAUUCUUCAUUCUUCUCCUUCGAACCAUCACCUCCAUCUCAGACAGCGACAGCCCAUCCCAGAUCAGCCCCAGCACGCAGCAGAAAGCAGCUCCAGUAAGGCUCUCCUCACAGACCUCUCCCUCUCGCAGCUCGUUUUCCGUCCUCUUGCUGCUCGCCUCGAUCCCUUUUUCCGCCUUGCUCUCCCUGCUCUCUCCCCUUGUUGCCAGCUCUUCCAGUCACUGCUCCUUGACCCGAAAACAUAUAAAAAAAGACGAAGAAGAAGAUAACUCAUCCCUCUUUGCCACCAGCCUCCGGUUCUGUCCCCUCGUCGUGUCGUGGACCCCGUCGAGUUUCCUUGGCCGUAUCCCUUGCCCUGUCUGCCUGUUAUCAUUUUUCAGCUUGCUCCAGAAAACUGAUAAGAAGAACCCAUCUUGGGUUGUUGUCUCUACAGAUGGCCGAGAUUCGUCCGUGUUUGCUCGCCAUAUACCUUGGAACAUACAUGCUAAUCUGUGUUCUGCAGCGUUUUCUCGAAGGGCACUUUCCCAGAGGUUAGUUUCUGCUCAAUAUCUGCUACCGCCGAUCCAUCGACCGAGCGUUUCGGACUGUGAUUACAACAUAUCCAAUAUCUUGACUAACCUUGCUUCUCUCCAUCAAAAGGUCUACGUCCCAACUGUCUUCGAGAACUAUGUUGCCGAUGUCGAGGUUGAUGGAAAGCAUGUUGAGCUCGCCCUAUGGGAUACUGCUGGCCAGGAAGAUUAUGACCGUCUUCGCCCACUUUCAUACCCAGACUCCCACGUCAUUCUGAUCUGCUUUGCCAUCGAUUCCCCAGACUCCCUUGACAACGUCCAAGAGAAGCUAACGGUGUUGAAAAAAUACAAACAGUGGAUCUCUGAGGUCCUUCACUUCUGCUCCGGCCACCCUAUCAUUCUCGUUGGAUGCAAGAAGGAUCUUCGACAUGACCAACGAACCAUAGAGGAACUGCACAAGACCUCCCAGAAGCCUGUAACCCCUGAGCAGGGUGAGGAGGUCCGCAAGAAGAUUGGCGCAUACAAGUACCUGGAGUGCUCUGCCCGAACAAACGAGGGUGUCCGCGAAGUUUUCGAGUCAGCCACCCGUGCUGCCCUGCUAUCCAAAGAGAAGACCAAGAAGUCCAAGUGUAGGCUUUUGUAA